AUGGGACCCAUGAUGAUGGCCACCGCACAAAAUGGGCACACCGAUCCAAGAGCUCAACUCGAAGAAAUAAUAGACAACUUACUAAAUAAAAUAUGGGAAAUAAUGGUACAACUCAAUGAAUAUAGUUCUGAAAACAAAUGGGCUAUUUUAAAUUCUUUGCAAGAUCUUACGGGAUGCUUGGAUGAUAUUAAUCGACUUCAAGAAAAGAUCAAACACAUAAAGGUUCCAAUGACGGUGAUAGAUUAUAUUGAUGAAGGUCGCAAUCCUGACAUAUUCAUGUCCGAAUAUGUUGAAGAAGUGAUGACAGAAAAUAACGUAGUCAAUGUUAAAAAUGAGGCCAUAAUAGAUUUCAAGGGCAUGCUUCUCGAACAACUUCAAGAGACGUUUCCUGAGCAGACGGACGCAUAUAAAAAGUGCGUUCAAAUGAAUAACAGUGACCUGCCAGCCACCAACGGUCAUUGA